AUGUGACUCCGCGUCUCUAAGCGGGGGAGGCCGUUUUAAACGUGGAGCCACGUUACGGGGGGUGUUUGUCGGCUGUGUGAUGCGGUGAUGUGCCGUUAGCUCGCAGGCCGCCGAGCGCACAGCCUCCUCCCUCCUCCGGCCAGAACACGGCGAGCUCCGCGGAGCCGCCGCGGACACCAACCGGACGCUGGUGACCUUGUUUUUUAUGCCGCUGCUGCGCGCAGCGAACGUUCACGUCAAGCAAGGCGGACGUGAGGCUCGGUGUGCCGCCGCGUUUUGGCGCAUGAUCCACGCAGCGUGGUGUUCCGUGCAGAGACGCGCCGGGAGAACCAUCCUGGCUGUGUUUGUUCUCUUGUUGUUGUCUUACUGCGAGUCGUGUGAUUGCAGCAUGCUGAUGGUGGGAGGCGAUGGACGGCUGCACUAGAAUGAGUGUGAAGGAGUUGUGUGAGACGGAUGACCUGGCCACCAGCUUGGUGCUGGACCCUCUGCUGGGCUUCAGCACCCAUAAGAUGAACAUCAGUCCGGCUCCAGAGAUCAGACGCUGGGGCGUGCUCAAAGAGAAGCUGCUGCGCUUCCAGCGAACGCACGACUUCAACGCCACGUUCGAGGCUCUGACUGUGGGCGAGCUGGCCGGGGAUUACUUCAACGCUCUGGGGAGCCACCGGCAGGAGCUGCUGAGACAACAUGUCUACCGCUACCUCAGUGCCUUCCUGCUGGACAGUGGGAUCAAGAUCGAGUCGUGUGACAGAUACUCGUCAGAGACCAACGGAGCCAAGAUAACGGCCACCAGGCACUGGUUUGUUGGCGAGCGCGUGGAGGUCCUCCUGGGCUGCAUCGCAGAGCUGAGCCCCGCUGACAGCGCCGUGCUGCGGGCGGGGGUCAACGACUUCAGCGUCAUGUACUCCACACGCAAACGCUGCGCUCAGCUGUGGCUCGGACCCGCAGCCUUCAUCAACCACGACUGCAAACCCAACUGCAAGUUUCUCCCCGGUGAGAAAAACAUGGCGUGUGUGGAGGUGAUCCGGCCCAUCUCGCCUGGGGAGGAGAUCACGUGUUACUACGGCGCCAGCUUCUUCGGCGAAGGCAACGAAAUGUGUGAAUGCUGCACCUGCGAGAGGAAUGGAGAGGGCCACUUCAGGCACAGAGGGAAGCUGCCUGAGUGCGAGGAGACAAAGGAGGCGGUGGGCCAGAAGUACCGCCUGAGGGAGCGCUACCUUCGUCAUCACAGGGAGAAAGGCCACCUGGCUGCCAGGCCCGCCGCGCCCGGCAUCCACGCUGCCAUCUUCUCAGCCAUCCCCUCCAGGAACUCCUUCACCCAGCAGAUGAGGAGAAACGCGCUGAAGAACCGCAAACUAAACGAAACCAAGAGGUGGAGGCGUGAGAAGCAGAGGCGAUCGGCGGCGAAGCGGAGCCACACCGUCCCGCCACCGUCCCAGGUCCCGCUGAAGGAGCUGCGCGUCAGGGUGCGGCGCCACUCGCUGGACUUCCUGCUCCACUGCAAGGAUCCCCAAAGCAAAGAGAGGCUGCUGCUGCUGCAGCUGGAGGAGGUGAGGCCGAGGGCUUCGACGCGAAGGAAGACGACCGUGGAGGAGAAGCUGAAGCCCGUAACCGUGGAGGAGAAGCUGAAGCCCGUAACCGUGGAGGAGAAGCUGAAGCCCGUAACCGUGGAGUCCUCCAUGCCGGUCAGUAGAAGGAGCAGACCCGCUGCACCCGGGUUAAACGGCACGCCUGUGAACGCGGCACACAGGAAGAACUGCUCCAGAGCCGGAGACCCGGUUCAUAAAAGCCAGCCGACAAAGACGGAGUCCAGCAGCGCCGACCUGGCCAACACCACAACAGCCGGUCCGCCCGCUCAGGGGACCAGAACCUGCGGCGCCACGAAACCCAAGAACGCAAGGAGAGCGGCGCCUGAAGGUAAAAACAGCCGAGAUGAGCCCGGCAGCAGCUCCGCGGCUCAGAGUCCAGCCACGGAGCAGAAAGCGGUCCAGGUGGAAAGCUGUCCGGCGGGUGGAGCGGAGAAGACUGUGGACCAUCCAGUGAUCUCGCUGAGGCAAUACGUCACCGUCGACCUCACCAGGCUGUCGGUCCCACGACCCUGUGAGGCCGAGAAACCCCAGGAAGACCAGAAAGGUGCGGUGUCCAGGAGAGGAAAGGGCCGGCCCCGCCCCAAACCUGGAGGUCUGCAGAGAAAAGAGGGUUCCAGGUCAGACGUCGGCGCCGCCAACGGCGACCCGGCCAAAGACGGAGCAGCUGUUCAGGAAGAGCACAACGCCGAGGUCUCUGAGAAUCCCCCCGACAGAGUUAUGGAGAUAAAAACGGUGCAAACGGAGCAGCAGGCCCAGAAAAGAGACGCCCCGCUAACGCCGGCUCAGAAGGCGGGGAAUGCGAUCAAAGCUGGAUGUAAAAUGGCGUCGAGGGCGGCGACUAGAGGACAGCAGAACAGCCGGUGUGCAGAAACCCUGGAGAAGAAAGAGGUUAAGGUGGCGGAGCAGAGCAAGAGGAGUCUGAGCGAUAACCACGAGGACGUGGUCAUCAAACAGGCGAAGGUUCUGCUGUCGGACGUGUUGAGGAAAGACGCUUCGUGCUUAGAGGCGAGUCUGCAGGGCGCCGUGAAGGACGGCUGCAGCCGCUCAGUCAAAGGCCGCUUCAUGAAAAGACGGCGGCCGCAGAAACCCAAACCGGACAAAACGCAAAGCGCCAAGGAAGCGCCGACCGAAGAGCCGCCGGGUUCGGUCAGGACGGACCCGGGCGACGAGCGCUCGGAGCCCGACGCCAAGCGCAGCGAGCCGCCGGCCGCCUCCAUCAACUCUCUACCUCACAGGUCGCCCGUUUCCGCUAAAGCGCCGCCGCCGCCGCCGGACGCCAACCCGCAGUCCAACAUACCUCUGAAGAAACGCACGUUCCGCAGCUCCGUGGAGAUCGACCCCGAGCAGAGCCUCGCCUCCGAUCAGGCCCAGAAGGACGCGCCUCCGCUGCCGUCGCCUCCGGCACUGGAGCAGAACCCGCCCGCAUGUCCAGAGGACGCCAGCAAAGGCAAGAAGGACGGAAAACCCAAGGCGGCCCCGAGGCGGAGCCAGAAACCGCCGUCUGUCAAGAGGUCGCUGCGCUCCAGACCCAACGAGUCGCCACGACUCCACCUGCUGAGGAAGGUCCGCCGAUGCAAGUCAGAGCAGCCGGACGAGGAGGACGCCUGCAGGGAUCAGGGUGAAAGUCCUGCAGAGGACGCGCCCAGGACCCAACAGCAGGAAACCCAGACCGCCAUGGACACGUCGUCCCCCGAGGAGAACAGCUCAGAGGAGACGAAGGCAGGCUUCGACUUCAAGAUCCGCCUGAAGAGGAGGAGAGGGAAGGUGUGGGACGUGCAGGGCGAGAGCGUGGCGCUGAAGCCGGAGGACGACGAGGACGCGUCGACGUGCGACCCCUUCAAAGCCAUCAUGGACUCCGUGUCCAUCCUGAACCAAGAGAUGGAGGCUCACGUUCAGGCCAGCCACAAGCCACGCAGCCGGCUGCAGCGCGUGACGCGCAGGAGCGACGGCGGCAGGAGCGACGGCGCCGGCAGGAAGCCGGUGGCAGCGUUUGACGGCCGCUCGGACCAGCUUAGUCAGAAUAAACCAGAGAAAAGCGAAUGUUCGUUGGAAAAGGCGGAGACGAAGGAGAAGCUGGAGCCUCUGCUGAGUCAGCUGUGUGAGAAGGUGGAGAGUCUGAACGGCGCCGCUGAGACGCUCCCAGAGACCAAAGUGGAAGACCGGCUCCUGAAAAGCUGCUGCCUGUUUGAGAGCGCGUCCCACCACAAGCUGGAGGCAGAGCUGGGUCCGAACGGGCUUCCUCUGCCGGUCCUAAAGCUGCGCAGGAAGGUGGAGGACAUCUGGGAGGUGGACAGCAAGAAGGGACUCGUCCCCCCGGUCCCGGCAGCCGAGGCCAACGUCAAGCAGGAAGCCGGCAGUCACGCUCUGGGCAAGCAGAGGAGAGCGUUCAGCGACGCCGCGCUUCUCAGCCAAACUCACCAGAGACUCAGCAGCAACCCGGGCCCCCCCAGACCAGAGCCGCCCCCGUUCUCCCUGUCCCUGUCCCCGCUGUCCCUGUCCUCGCCCGUAAACCACGGCAGAGCCGACGCCGAGCCGACGCCGGAGCGGUCGGAGGCGAGCGGCGCAGGCAGGAAGCAGAGGGGGAAAGUGGAGAAGCAGCAGCGGCGGGGGGGCGGGCCGGUGGAGACGCCCCCCACCUGCCUGAGCCACACGCUCCAGCAGAUCGACAACAGCCUCUCCAGGCUCUCUGAGGGUCUGUGUUCGUCCCAGACGCUGGAGAAGCCCACGGCGGCGGCGUGCUCCAGCGCCUCCAGCUCCGUGAUCCAGACGCCGUCCCAGUCGCCGCCGUUCCCGGCCGCCGACAACAUCCUGUCCGCCGAGCCCAGCUUCAGCAACUGCUGCGACGACAUCCUGGACUUCCAGUGCCUGGGCUUCGAGCAGAACAUGCUGCCGUCCUCGCCCUCGGACCUGUGCUCCCUGGACCCCCCCACCGACCCCUUCAGCAGCCCCCUCUCUCACAGCCCCGCCGACACCUGGACCACCGAGACCCCCUACCUGGGCCCCCCCAGUCCGGGCAACAACUUCACCAGCGAGGACCUGCAGUUCUUCCCCGGCUUGGUCUCCUCCAAAAGCGACUCGGUGCAGGAGGACUGCGGCGCCUCCAAAGACCCCCGGCCCUACCCCCCCUUUGGGUUUUCGGCCGCGGCGAACGCCGACGCUGCCAGCAAAGAUCGCGUCGUGAGCAAAAACCCAGGAAUGAGGUUCUCCAGGGACGACCUGAGAGCCCAGCAGCCUUUGUCUGCCGCCACCAAGCCUCGUGUCUCCGGCGGCGCCUCGUCUCAGAAUCCGGCCGCUCUAAGCCAGCCGUCCCUCAAGCCCGCCGCCGGCCAAUCAAAAGCCCCCGUCGGCCUCAAAGCCCAGGGCCCGUUCCAUCGCAUGAGCGUCCCCGGGAAGGCGCCGCCGUUUCCAAGCAACCAGCCGACCGCAGGCAGAGUGACGCCGUCUCAGACGUCCAACAGGUUCCUCGCCUCGCCGCUCUUCUCCGCCAAAAGCACCAACCCUCCGGAAAGCCCCUUCAACUUCCAGGAGAAGUCCUCCACGGUCAUCCACAGGGUCAUGAAGUUCCAGGGGGGGGGCCAGACCCCCAACCUGUACAGCGCGCCGUGUAAGGACGCCGUGGACGCCGGCGGGUCCCGGCUCGCCGCCAAGCCAGGCGCUUUCGAGAGGAUGGUGACCAACGCGUCUCAGAAAAGCAACAACCCCUUUCAGGGGUUCGGAAAGGACGUCGGCCAUCUUGGUUCCUCGGGCAACCCGCCGAGGUCCAACCUGCAGUUCGGCCGAAGCGGCGGUCCCUCCGCCCUGCAUCCUUUUGGCAAAAGCAAGAUGGCGUCAGACAAGGCGGAGGGCGGCGACGCCACCAUGGGAUACAAGAGCUUCUCUGAGCUGCCCAGGACCUUCUUCUUCCCGGCCAAAGGCUCCGACUGCUACUCGUCUCCGCAGGACAAGAGCCUGAAGCUGGACAAGAGCGCCGACAAGCACCCGCCCUGCUACCCGCAGCAGGACGCCUACGACUUCAGCUACGCCUCCUCGCUCUCCCCCAUCUCCCAGCACAGCAGCCCCCAGCUGGUCCACGGCACGCCUCCCGGGACGCCGGCGCCCAAGACCCAGUCCUCCUUCCCCUACGGGUACCAGGGGCCCCCCUACGUGCUCAACUUCAGCGGGGACCACUCGCUCACCCUGGGCCUGAGGGACGGCGCCGACGGCUACCCGGGCCUGGGCCCCGCCAACUACACCUACCACUGCCUGAUGGAGCCCUCGGGCACCCAGGGGCGGCUGGUCCUGGAGCCCUGUGGGCCCCAGCUGUCCAACCCGUCCUCCAUGGGGGGGUUCGGGGGGCUGCGGGGUCAGGACGAACACUGCGGUAAGGACAUGCCGCAGCAGUGCCAGGCCGGGGAACACCAGGGCGCCUCACACUACGGAGCCAUCCCCACGUCGCACCCCAUGGGGGCCACCAAGCCCAAGCGGGUGCGGCUGGUGGUGACGGACGGCACGGUGGACUUGGACCUGCAGUACUCGGACUAAAGCGGCCGCGUCGCUGGAAACCUUUACAUGUUGGGUGAUGUUUUUGUUUCUUUAAGAGACGUUUCUGUUCGUAACCUCCUGAGUUGACGGUUUGCUAACGAAUUAUCUGGAUGUACGAUUGCACAGGGUCUGAUUUAACAAACUAUCGUUCACUACAAGUUGCUCAGAGUACCAGAUUUAUCGAGCAUUAAGUUUGAACCUACGGGUCAAGAACAGUUCCCGGCAAAAAGUAUUCAUGCCUGCAUGCAAACCUUUCACAUUUUGUCACGUUAAAAACACGACACGCAUUAAUGAGCUUUUUAUCCGCAAAACAGAACAUGAAAGAAACACUAAAUGCUUGAAAACAGGUGUUUUCCCAGACUUUUAGUUGGAUUUUCUUCCGUGCUUUGACUAGGCCAUCCAAAGACAUUUAUACCUUUUUUAUAGCACGUCACCCCUAAGUGAUUAGAUUAAAUAUCGGCACCUUUUAUAGGCAUUUUAAGAUCGUAGUACAGCAGGUCUUCUACUUUCUUCGUUUGUCUUAUGAAAAAAAAAAAAAAACUUGGUUGAACGAUGCAGUUUGAGUUUGUGGCGUUCCUCCUCCUUACCAACUACUGUCUCAAAAUCCAAUAUGGCCGCCUGGCAUAUAAAGUGAAUGAAU